AUGGAUUUUCAUAGGUUCGAACCGGUGGCUAUGCAGGAGUGCCGCCGUGAAAUCAACGAAUCGCUGGCAGCCAGCAACCGUUUCUCGAUCACUGUAAUGCGAAAGGAACAGCAUAAUCUCCGAAAUCAUUUUGAAUCGUUGUGCAAACAACUCGGUGCGAUGAUCGAAUGUGUUGAACCCGUGACACGAGGAGGAUGUGGCGAUAAAGCUGCCGUCACGAUGCUUCGUUUUAUUACUAUUGGCUUCAGCAGGUAA